ACAAUCACUUUCAGACCAGAAUAGCUAGCCUCUUGUGAUUAGCCACGUCAUGUAAACUUUUGGAGUACUGCUUACAGAAGGAUUACGAGGGUGUUCGUUAUUCGGGAAUACAACUUAACUUAUAAUUUUGUUUCGUAGUUUAUGGUUCAUACUCGGAAAUAAUUAUAUGGGAAGAUGUCAGACAUCGGGGACUGGUUCAAAAGCAUCCCCCUCAUUACCAGGGGCUGGUUUGCUGCCUCCAUUGCUGUCCCCCUUGUAGGGAAACUAGGAUUGAUUGACCCCAGGAACCUCGUACUGAGACCCGAAUUGUUAUUAAGUAGAUUUCACCUGUGGAGGCCAGUGACAGCCACCCUGUAUUUCCCAGUGUACCCAAAUACUGGCUUUCUCUUCUUGGUCAACCUGUAUUUCCUUUACAACUACUCUACUCGGUUAGAGACAGGAGCGUUUGAUGGCCGACCUGCAGACUAUGUCUUCAUGCUCUUAUUCAACUGGAUCUGCAUUGUUAUAACCGGGGUGAUCAUGGACAUGCAGCUGCUGAUGAUCCCGUUGAUCAUGUCUGUUCUGUACAUCUGGGCUCAGUUCAAUAAAGACAUGAUUGUCUCCUUCUGGUUUGGAACACGAUUCAAGGCACAUUAUCUGCCUUGGGUCAUCUUGAUGUUCAACUUCAUCAUCGGAGGCUCUUUUGUUAAUGAGCUCAUCGGGAACCUGGUGGGACACCUCUAUUUCUUUCUCAUGUUCAAAUAUCCCAUGGACCUUGGUGGACGCUCAUUCCUGUCUACGCCAGAGUUCUUAUACCGACUCCUCCCUAGCAGGAGAGGAGGUGUGUCAGGCUUCGGAGCCCCUCCGACGAGGAGACCAGCAGCACAGGAUCAAGCACAAGCAGGCGGGGGUGGCCGUCACAACUGGGGCCAAGGCUUCCGUCUGGGGGAUUAAUGAGUCAGAGGAGAGGAGAAGCUCCUCGACGCGCCUCCUUUCAGUGUGCUCGGGUUUGAAACACUCGUUUCUUCAUUUUCUUCUCUGUUUGAAACUCAGAAUCAGUCCUCCUUUAAUUUAAACGACCAACUGAAGAACCGAGGCAGCCUGUAUUUUAGCUACGCAGCAGGACUCUAUAUUGGUUUCUAACCAUUUAAGUCACGAAACACAAAGGAAAAUAGUUUUUGAUUUUUAAUGUGAUUGCUCCUCAUUGCUCCCCUUUUCUUACUGUGCUUGCUUUACUUGCCGCCAACCAGGAAGAGACGCUCGCCACCCUCUGGAAUGCCGUGUGAGAGAAUGGUGUAAUUAGCAACAUGCUGGGAGUGUGCCAUAAGUCGUUUUUGUAAAUAUAACUAUAUAAAAGAUAACCAGUCUGAGUGGGUUUUUUUUUCUAACUAAGAAAAACAAAAAAAUAUGGUUUAGUUUUUGUAGUCAUUAUUUGUAUCCAGUCAGACAUUGGCAUAGUCCCUCCAUUCCAAUUAAUUGUAAACACAUCCGCUACAUUAGAUUGUCCUGUUGCUUGUGUAAUAUGUCAUUGUAAUUUAUUUAAUAAAAUUCAAGUAAGAAUUUCUUCACCAGCAAGCAAGACAUUUGAACCGUCCCCUCAGGUUGUGACGCCUGAAGAUGAAGACAGGCUUUGUGUAUUUAUUGAGUUUGAGCAAGAGUUAAAGUAGAAAACGAAAAUGCAGGCAGUAUUCCUUAAAAGCCAACUAGAAUACGGCUCAAGACGGUGGCUUGAACGGGAGACUAAAGCAGGAGCAAACAUGUCUUCAUCCUGCUUGUUUAGAUCACCGUAACGAAAGUAACAGUUGAAUCUCAAACAGUGCUUGCACAAAUAAU